AUGCAAAGAUUAUCAUCAACAUCAUCAAUCAAUCUUUUAUCAAGAUUCAUUAAUACAAAUAGAAAUAGUAUUACCACCAGUAGUAUAAGAUAUUUCAGUGCUUCUUCAAAAGACCAAGAUGCACAAUGUGAUCCAAAAGGUGAAAAGAUUAAAUCUGUAUUGCAAGAAGCACUUAACCCAACUGUAUUAGAGGUUCUAGAUAUGUCUGGUGGAUGUGGAUCAAUGUAUAGAAUAGAGGUUGAAUCACAUGAAUUCAAAGGUAAAUCAACUUUACAACAACAUAAAAGAGUUAAUCAACUAUUAAAAGAAGUCAUCCCAUCUCUACAUGGUUUAACAUUAUUUACAAGAGAUUCUGGUGCUCCAAUAGUGAAGAAUAAUAAUAAUUGA